GCCACAGCUCUCGUAAGAGACGCCCGUGAUUUUGCACCCCCGCUCGAACAGAAUUUACCGAACUAUACGACGAGGGUGCACCACGGUUUUCUCUAUCUUUCUCUCUCUCUCUCUCUCUCUUUCUCUUUCUUUCUGUCUCUUUCUUUCUCUCUCUGUCUGUCAUUCUUUCUUUCUUUCUCUCUCUCUCGCACCAUUCUCGCCUUUCCUCUCGCGCUCCCGUUCCAACGUCUUCUCUCCUUCUCGCUUUCAACUUUUCUCUCCUCCGCUCGGCCGUACCAUUCGUAUCGCAACGACCGCUGUACCUCGCCGGAUAAUACGGUGAUAAAUGACGAGUGAGUGGUGACUGGGGGAUACGAGCCUCGGCCGUUUCGAUCUCGUCUCGAUGCCUCGUGGUGAUGUGGGUGCUAGUGAUGAUGAUAGUGGCGGGUUGAUACGAGGCGACCACGCUGUUCGCGAUUGAGUGUAGGCGGACGCGCCUUUCCCGCCAGUGUGUAUCUCAACAAACAGUACGGCUAAUCGCGUUCUGACCAUAUCGCCGAUAAUUUGUCUUCAGGAUCUUCUACAUGUCAUUCACGUGAUUCCGGUUUGGAGCGCGAGCUAUAAACGUUGAGAGGGUCAGGGUGAUCGACCGGGAGACUGCGACGCUUCGUGACACCGUUGUUGCAUUUCCGAGACAUGUAUUUAUCUAUAAAAGCUUAUCCUCGCGAAACGGUAAACAACAAAAGCCCGCGAUCGACGAAGGAACAAAUGUACGUUUCCGCGUUUUAAAUUAUUUAUUAUUGAUCGAGUCAUCGAUCCAGUAUCCAUCGCGAGUUUCCUUCGGCGGAUUUGCAUCAGCUAUAAUACGCGCUAUCAGCGAUUCACACGAUAAUUUCACGCGCCUCAGUGACCCAGUUGAUGAUCGAUGACGGUGAGUCGCGAGGAAUCACGUGGUCGAUUUUUAUUCGCGAUACCGUAAGCAUAUACAAUUUAUAAUGAAAUUUAUCCAGUUGACUGUCAUCGGCAAAACGAAUCGAAAUUCCAGAGCUAUUAGCGCGAUCGGUCGAUGCUUAUAGCAGGCAUUACUAUGGCACUCGGUUAGUCGCUGACAUUCAGAAUGAACUAUGUGCAUCACACAGGUACGAACUCCUUGACCUCUUAAAGUCACGACACGACACGACACGACACGAAGAGUAUACUUCACAGCGCGAGUAUGUGUAAACCGCUUUCGACAAUACGGUGAAGCUAAGCUCAACCGAGAAUUGCAAUGGCGAUAUAACUCGAGGAGACUUGCGAUCGAAAGCUUUUCGAGAUUUCAAGAGGUUCGUCGUUGACACGGAGAAAGCACGUUAAAUCUGGUCUUUACAAGUUUCACCCUGUGUGUCUCACGAAUCCGCAAUACGGCGUAACCACCGUCGUAAUCCGUUAUACGCAACAAAAAUUACCGACAAGUGAAAUCGGCGCAAACUUUGAAAGUGCGAAAACGGAUUGCGAAAAGUCCCUAUCAUCAUCCAUCACGCGCGAACACUUAUCAACAUUCUUCGCUAUUGAGACUGUCAAUAUAUAUAUAUAGCAAAUUUAUCGGAUCUUUUAUCUAUCUGCAAUUCAUUUCCAGUAAGUCAUUUUAAAAUAUUGAGAAGACAAACCGUUGCACGGUGUAAUUUUGCAGCAUAGUGCAUCAACAUCAUUAACCGCGUCCACGGCUGCUCUCUUUUGUACUGUGAACUUUUGAUCUUGGAUCGCGAAAUUUUUAAUGUCCCCCUCCCAAACAAAGAAGUACGAUUUCUGUAUUUAAAUCAAUUUUGAAUGGAGAUUUCACGAGUGUUUUAAUUGACAAAAAUGUGUUCGAAUGUGCGCAACGUAAAGUAUAAUUUAAAAAAUACUACUAUUACUACAGAAAUCGAUCCCGGUGUUCCGAAAUAUAUCAGAUGCAAUCGUAAUGAUUGAAACUUUGUCAAAAAUCGAUUUCGAGACGAAAUAAGAAGAGAGAAAUCGGGGGGAAACUGCUCGCAUUAUAAUUCUUUUAUAUUUCCAAAUUCUGCUGACUAAUUCAUCGACAACAACGUGACGGAUAUCGAUUAGCAGAGAUCGAAUCGAGACAAUUUAGCGAUAACAUGAGAUCGACGAAAGUGGUACAGGAUCGAAAGGGAUGAUCGAGCAUAGGUCCCAAUGACAUCUCGGCGGGGCGGGAGCGAGGGGUAUAAAAGUCCUCCCAGCCCUCCGAGCAGCGGUUCGGAGGACAAUGGUUUCACGAACCGACCUCGAGUGGUCGGACUCUACGUAAAAAAUCUGAGUAGAGAAGAAUUGGAUGAAUUGGCAAAGGAGGGUAUCUACGGGCCAACGGGAAAUCCGAACGAUCGACCUAGAGACAGCGGUAGUCAGAGAAGUCUUAAUCUCCCAGGCAGCAGCAGAGACUUUGACGGUCAGGAUUAUAUCAGAGGAGCAAUCUCCAGGACACCUCAGCCAUUCAGAAGAUCCGGUGUCAGAGUCAGACAUCGGGAAUUCAGUGAGAACUUAGUGCGGAGAGACCAUCAUGGCUCGCUUCCGAUGGAAAGAAGUUGGCCGAGGCGACUGGAGGAUCGUCCGGGGCAGGCUUCGCCGGAGAGAUCCGCUCGAGGGUCCUCCGAGUUUCCUGUCGGUUGGAAAGAGCAGUUCGUACGGCCCGGCAUAUCUUUGUCUUCCAGACAAAGUUCCAUCAAUGUGCAAAUCAUUGACGAGGAGUCUCGGCCACGUCGCUUCGGAGAAGGCUCGAGGUACUCCGAAGGACUUUCGCCCCGUGUUCCUUCCACGAGAGGACCCGACAAAGAUCAACGAUCGUCGAAGUCGGUCGAGCGAUCGCCGCCGUCGGUUGAUCGAUCGCCGCCGUCGUACGCGGGCCUAAGUCCGCCUGAAUACACCGAGUACGAGGAAUCGCAGGCGGCCAAGAUUCGCCCUAAGACUACGACGAGAGCUUAUCGGAACGGCGACAAGGAACGUGAGCCAUACAAACAUCCAAGUUCACCGGCAGAAGAAAACCAGGACAUUUUCAAGAAAAUGAACAUUGGCGGAGCAAAGGAAAUUUCGAGUCCAUCGCGAACAUCUCCGGUGACAGAAAAACCAAUUUCUCCAGAGUCUAAGAAAAGCGAAUCCCCACCGAUUAAGAGAGUCGGCUCCAGAAUGCAAGACAGCACGAGACUGCGUCCGCCAUUGGCCGGAACCGCCGGGACUUCCGCCGAUUCCGGUACCGGAGAUUCCGGAAGUGCAGAGAUCCAGGCGGAUGUCGUGACCCCUCAAGCUACAUCGGAUGACGUUCUCGAUUCUAGCGUGUCCAAGAUCGAGGACAAGUCGCCAGUCGCGAGGACACCCGGCACCAAGGGCGGCAAGCAAACAGUAAAGCCAUUCACGAAGGAGAGUCUCGAUAGGUGGGAAAACAAGACUGUGCAAUUAGUGCGCGAAUAUGGCUUUCAACCUAAGAGAAAAAUGUCGGUGGAAGAUGGUGCCGUACUGCCAAAUAAAUUUGAACCAUUUCCGACUAAGUUCUAUGGCAGGCCAUUGGAGGAAAUCGACAAUUUCAUCUACGAUGAGACAUUCUGCGUGGUGUCCAAGAGGUUUCGCAAGAAUUACAUCCAUAGGUUUACGGCGACUAAUAGUUGGUUUAUAUUCUCUCCGUGGAAUCCUGUACGACGAUUCUGUAUCUUUCUAAGUACGAAUCAGUACUUCGAUUACGUGGUCAUGACUACUAUACUUCUUAAUUGCGUCUUCCUGGCCAUGACCGAAACCAUGGAGGAAGCAGAAUAUGUUUUCCUAGGCAUAUACACGGCGGAAAUGGUGAUAAAAUCAAUAGCGAAGGGAUUUAUACUGAACAAGUACACUUAUCUACGGAAUCCAUGGAAUUGGUUGGACUUCGUGGUGAUUACCAGCGGAUACGCGACUAUGGGGAUGGAAGUCGGGAAUCUGGCCGGUCUCAGGACGUUCAGGGUGUUGAGAGCACUUAAGACUGUAUCCAUUAUGCCAGGUCUAAAGACUAUCAUCAACGCACUGUUGCACAGCUUCAAGCAACUUGCCGAAGUAAUGACACUGACGAUUUUCUGCCUGAUGGUUUUUGCACUGUUCGCUUUGCAGGUUUAUAUGGGAGAACUUAGAAAUAAAUGCGUGAAGCAUCAAGAGCCGAACGCCACGCAAAUCGAUUGGAUCGAGUGGACUUGGAACUCAUCCAAUUGGGCGUUCAACGAGGCUGAGGAGCCAAUCAUUUGCGGCAAUGUAACCGGCGCCAGGCACUGUAACGAAAGCUACACUUGUCUCUGCGUUGGCCCUAAUCCAAACCACGGUUACACCAACUUCGAUAAUUUCCUGUGGUCAAUGCUCACCACCUUUCAGCUGAUUACCUUGGAUUAUUGGGAGGAUGUCUACAACAAGGUGUUGUCGGCGUGCGGACCUAUUAGCGUCUCGUUCUUCACGGUGGUCGUAUUCUUUGGAUCAUUUUAUCUACUAAACUUAAUGCUGGCCGUCGUGGCGUUGAGUUAUGAAGAGGAAGCCGAGAUUACAAACGAGGAACGAAGGAAAGACUUGACGGACCAUCGUGAGGACUCGACGUUUAGUUUCGACCCGUCAAAGAUCAACAUUAAGACCCUAACGAAAGAUAAACAAAAGAGAAUAGACGCCCGUAAAGGCGUAUUGCUCAGCAGUUAUACAAGAAAGAAGACGCGUAGAAGAAAACGUGGAAGGAGCAGCGCCGGUCAGGAGAAAAACGGUGGUGCUCGCAGCAGGUCCGUGACACCCAGCCCGAGUCCGAGUCCCAGGCACUCCAAUGUACGACCCUCUCACUUGCCGCUCCAGAACAUCAGUCCCAGACUGCCGGAACCCAAUACGGUUCACCGGCUGGCACCGAACCGGGGCAUGCUGCACUCCAGACAGGCCAGUAACAACAGUAAUCAACAGUCAUCGCUAGACGAUUCGGGGGUGGUGGACGAUCACGAUGGCGACGACGUCACAUCGGCCGAGGAGCAGCAUGACAAACGCGAGUCGCGAGAACAUCGCGCCGAAAGAUCGCAGGAGAAGUCUCCGAGGGAGCAUAGCAGGACUCAGCUGGCUCAACAGCAGCCACGUCCGGAUUGCCCACCAGCACCGGUCACGGUGUCGGUGAGGACUGGUAACCGAGAGAUUCGGGUACUCAAGUGCAACGGGGUCAAAACGAAGAAACAUAUGUACACGCUGCCGCCAGAGUACCUGUCGCACAUUGUAGUUUUAGAUGAUCUUCCAGAUAGAAACUGCGAUAAAUGUAUUCAAUGCUGCGUAGAUUACGAAGGAUGGCUACGAUUUCAGAACGGCCUGUAUAAGGUGGUGAGAGAUCCCUUGUUCGAGCUAACGAUCACCCUUUGCAUCGUCCUAAACACCGGUUUCCUGGCGAUGGAGCAUCAUGGCAUGAGCGAGUCAAUACGGCAAGCGCUCAACAUUGGCAACAAAGUGUUCACCAGCAUCUUCACAUUCGAAUGCUUCCUGAAACUCCUGGCGCUAAGCAAGGAUUUCUUCAACAAUGGCUGGAACAAUUUUGAUUUGAUCAUCGUCUCCGCGUCGCUUAUCGAUUUAACAUUCGAGUUGGUGGACGGUUUGUCAGUGAUACGUGGUCUCAGGCUGCUACGCGUUCUGAAGCUUGCUCAGUCUUGGACGACCAUGAAGGUUCUCCUCAGUAUCAUCAUUUCGACGAUCGGCGCGCUCGGUAAUCUGACCUUCGUCCUGGUGAUUGUGAUCUACAUAUUCGCUGUGAUCGGCAUGCAGUUGUUUAGUAAAGACUACACUCUGGAUAAGUUCUAUCCGGACCCAGUGCCACGCUGGAACUUCAACGAUUUCUUCCAUUCGUUUAUGAUGAUAUUCCGUAUCCUAUGCGGCGAAUGGAUCGAGCCACUGUGGGAUUGCAUGCGCGCGGAGAGGGACGACGGGCCAGGCACAUGCUUUGCCAUUUUCCUGCCAGCUCUGGUAAUGGGCAAUUUCAUGGUCCUCAACCUCUUCUUGGCGUUGUUGCUCAACAGUUUUAAUUCCGAGGAGCUGAAGCAGAAGAAGGAGGAGGUCGGCGAAGACUCGAAGCUCGCGCGAUCGUUUGAUCGUAUACGGUCAAUCGUACGCAAGCAAAAGUACCGCAAGGAGAAUUCCGAGAAUGAGAAAAACAUUCGGCUGGAACAGAUCGUGCGCGAGGUGAUGGACAAGUCGGAUAGGGAGAAAUACGCGAUCCAAGAAACCGUGCUGAGCCUUCCCAAAGACAAUAUUUACAAUAGGUCGUAUCAGGAGAGUCUCAAUCAGCCGGUCUUCACAUAUGAUCCGAUCUAUCGCCAGGCCACUCUCACUACCUACAGCCAGAGCAGCCAAGAGACAGUUAAGGAAAACAAGAAGUUAACCGAGAAGGACAACAGUAACGAAACCAAUCCCGAGGAGAGUAUAGAACUGGACGUGCUCAAAGACACUAACAAGACGGAUGAAGAAGCGGCUAUGUUGCCAGAAGAAAAGCCACCUGCACAGAACGAUGAUAUGGAGAAACGUCCAUGGCACGCCCUCGUAAGUUACGUGGAUGAACUCACGGUCGGAGGUAGAAGAGACAGUAAAGGGAGAUACAUCGACGGGAUGGGCUCGUUCCCGGGAUUUGGCAGAAAUAAGGAGCGGAGGGAGCCGCUCGAUUGCUUUCCCCAGCACUUUUAUCAAAAAUGUAGCUGUAUUAAUCAUUGCCUCGCUACUGAUAUCGGCAAGAAGUGGAUAGAAGUUCGUACGGCCGUUCUGUCGGUGGUGGACACGCCUGUUUUCGAAUGGAUGAUACUAGUUUUCAUUUUCGCAUCUUCCAUAACGCUGUGCUUUGAGGAUAUCUACUUGGAUGACAAUCCUUUUUUAAAGAAACUUCUCUACUGGACCAAUCUUGGCUUCUGCGCACUUUUCAGCAUCGAGAUGCUCUUGAAAUGGCUAGCCCUAGGCUUCUGUAAAUACUUCACCAGUUUCUGGACAAUCCUGGAUUUUAUAAUCGUUUUCGUAUCCAUGUUUAGUCUUUUGAUAGAAGAAAAUGAGAACCUCAAAGUAUUACGAUCGCUAAGAACACUACGCGCCCUGAGGCCGCUGCGGGCGAUCUCGAGAUGGCAAGGCAUGAGGAUCGUAGUGAACGCGUUGAUGUAUGCAAUACCCAGUAUAUUCAACGUGCUCCUCGUCUGUCUCGUGUUCUGGCUUAUAUUCUCGAUAAUGGGCGUUCAAUUCUUUGGCGGCAAGUUUUUUAAAUGUGUCGACGAGUACGGGGAAAUGCUGGACAUCUCGUGAAUACCAAGGAGGAGUGUUUCAGCAAAAACUACUCUUGGGAGAACAGCAAGAUCACUUUCGAUCAUGUUGGCAUCGCUUACCUGGCUUUGUUUCAAGUGGCGACUUUCGAGGGAUGGAUGGAGGUGAUGGAG